CCGCGGAGCAUUGCAAGCAAAACCCUCGAACCCUUCUCGCUCUCGCGGCUCGCCGUCCCUCAACUCCGACGAGAUCUGGCCGGCGAGAUUACCGGAGAUGGCGGACGUAGUGCAGUACCGCAUGGAGCGGAUGACGGAGGAGCUCGAUGACCUCGAGCGCCGUGGCCUUUUCAGCAGCGCGGAGAUUGCCGAAAUCGUGCGUCAUCGCCGGGACUUUGAGUACCGUCUCAAGCGCCCUUCACCGUUAAAGGAGGAUUUCCUGCUUUACAUCGACUAUGAGAAGCGUCUUGAUGCUCUGCGUGACCUCCGAAAGCGCGCCAUCAUUGGCCGCCUUGUUGAGAAGGAGAAAGCUGCUGGGCAGGAGGGGAAGAAGGGAGGAAAGAAGUGGAAGAAGUCGGUGUCGGAUUUUGCUGGCGUGUUGAGGAUUCUAGAUAUUUAUAACAAGGCGGUUGUGAGGUUUAAGGGGGAUUUGGAUCUCUGGUUCCAGUAUCUGGAGUUCUGUAGGGAGCGGCGUCAUGGGAGGAUGAAACAGGCUCUUGCUCAGGCCAUCCGAUUCCAUCCGAAGGUUCCUGGCCUUUGGAUUUAUGCUGCAGCCUGGGAGUUUGAUCAGAAUUUGAAUGUUGCUGCUGCUAGGGCUCUCAUGCAGAGUGGUCUUAGGACUUGUCCAAAAUCCGAAGAUCUCUGGAUGGAAUAUCUUAGAAUGGAACUUACUUACCUAAACAAGUUGAAGGAAAGAAAACUUGCUUGUGAAACUGGUGUGGGAUCAUUGCCAAAGGAUGAUAAAGAGACUGAACAACAGAAAGAAGAGAACAUGGAUACCUUUGUGUCACUAAGUAAUGAUAUACUUUUUCAGCGUGGAUCAUUGACUAUUCAAACUAUAUACCAUGGAGCAGUGGAGGCCUUACCUUCAAGUAUGAGCUUGCGGAAGCGAUUCCUAGAGAUACUGGAUGAUGUUGAUCUGGUACAAUCUGAGGAGUUAAAGGAAGAAAUUAUGGAAGAUCUCAAGAAAAAAUUUUCUCAGAAUGAGGACUACUGGGAUUGGUUAGCAAGGCUUCAAGUUGUUUAUACUGAGGGAAGGAAGGAUCUGUCAAAAGAAUUUCUUCUUGGCAAGUUGAAUAAAGCUUCUGAGGUUUAUGAAGAAGCAUUAAAAGUUUUGCCUACUACCAAGAUGUUUUCCCUGUAUGCCAAGUUUUACACAGAUGCAAUUCUUGCUGACAGAGAAGAUCCGGUUUCUGUUCUUAGUAAUACUGCUUUUGAAGCUGGAGAGCUCACUUCACGCUUAUUGGAAGUAUAUGAAAAUGCUGAACAGACUGGGUGCAUAACCAAGGAGCUUGCUUAUGAAUAUAUAUCAUUUUACUUGCAAAUUGGUAGAAUACAUGAAGCUAGAGAUCUUGCAAAGAAGCUCUGUAGUGGUAGGUUAUCAGAGGCUGCAGAUGUAUGGACCCUGAGAAUUUCAACAGAGCUGAAAUGGCUUACAAGUAAAGCUGCUUCCAUUGAUGAUGAUGAUCUUCGUUCUAUCUCGGAACUUUUCAGAAAUGCAAUGACCAGGGUAUCUGCUUCUGAAGUUGAGAGUUUGUGGCUGAUGGCCUUAAAAUUCUUUUCUACUCGGAAAAAACAUUUUGAAAAGCUGGUGCAGAGUUUGAUGAUGGACUUGGCCAAAGCUGGUCAGAGUGAUAAUGGUUAUACCAUUGCUUUUGCUGUGGUCAGCUGGGUUCUUCAAAGAGAUGGUGUAAAGCGUGCUAGGGAGAUGUAUAAGCGAUUUCUAGCUUUACCUCAUCCAAGUCUCUCAUUCUUUAAAAAUUGUAUCGACUUGGAGGCAAACCUUGCAUCUGCCGGAGACUCUGAUGGUGUUGCAAAUGCUCGCAAGUUGUACGAAUCAGCUCUGGCCAUUUAUAACCAAAGAACAGAAUUAUGGAAAAAUUACUACAUGAUGGAAAUGAAGAUUGGAACAUCUGAAACAGCUACUGCAGUGUACUGGCGUGCUCGGAAGACGCUCAAGGACACAACCGAGUUUUCAAGUCCUGACCAUUUGUGAUGUUAUAUAUUUUGUAACUUUUCUUAUUGCAUUUGUUGUCAGAUUUGAUUGAAAAUUUUUGUUUAUUUGUUCUUUCAAACUUUCAAAUAUCUAAAUUAAGAAAUUUUGCUGAUAAA